AAAUAGGUGGUGCCUCCUCUAAAGCAUUUUCAGUCUCUAACUCUAUCCUUGCUGUGGCAGAAGAAUGCGGAUGGAGAUGGCUUAUUCAAGCCUGCGUAGUAGUUGUUACACCGCUUCAAUUCCCAAACUACCCUCCACCUCUUCCCUAUUUCUUCAUCCCUCCUCCCACACUUGUUGUUCUUCUAGGUUCAAUCGAAUUUCCAAGUCGAGAAUAUAUGCAAAGUUCGACAAAUUCGAAAACCUUGAAGCAAAUGAAGAUGACAAUGAUGAACAACUUGAUGAACAACUUGAAGAAAUUGAAGAGGGCGACAGCUGCUUGCCUUCUGAUUUGGAGGGUGCUGUUCGUCAAUCAGGCCAAGCAACUGCAGAGUUUGUUUCUUCUGGUGGAAUGAGAGCCAUAGUGGAGCUGUUAAUUCCACAGUUGCAGUUUCUUGACGAUGAAGGGGCACAAGCUGAGCUUUGGGAGCUUUCUAAGAUCUUUUUGGACACUCUUAUUCAACAAUCAGGAGGCCUGAGAGUUAAAGCCGUAUUUCCGGAUGCUGGUGCUGCUGCACUAUUAAAGUAUCAGUGGAAAGAUGCUGCAUUUGGUUUCUCCAGUCUAGGUGACCGAAAACCGGUGACUAGUGAAGACGAGAUUAUUGUGAUGGUGGUUCCUGAUUAUCAGAUGUUGAAAUUUGUUCAAAAAAUUGCAUCUGAGCUCUUAGACGACCCGCCUAGACCUCUUAUCAUGUGGAACCCGCGCCUUAUUAGUGCGGAUGUUGGAGUGGGUAUCAACGUUCGCCAGUUAAGACGUGAUUUUUUAAGCAAAUUUACGGUUGUCUACUCGAUGAAGCCUCUUCCAACGGGUGCUGUUUUUAGGUGUUACCCAGGAUUGUGGAAAGUAUUUUACGAUGAUAAGGAGAGGCUGAACAGGUAUUUGCUUGCCAAGGAAAUGAUACGACGCCCUGACACAGAAGAACUCGAGAUGAUAUUUGGUGGGCAAGAUGAUCCGGAGAAGGGAACGUCUUUGUUUGAUCAAGCGGCAGGCAUCUUCUCCUCGUUUAAUCGUUUCAUGAAAGUCAUUUCCAGAUAAUUCUUUUGUUUUUUUUUUCCGUUUAAAAAUCAUGCAUGAAUAUCACUCAGACACACCUAUCUGUAUUAUUUACUACCAUGUAAAUUCCUUUAUUCUGCUGUAUAUUAUCUAUAAUCUAUUUAUCAGCUCA